CGCCCUCUGCUGGUCGCCGGUUAGCACUGCAGGCGCUGUGAGAGGGUUACACACAGAGCUGUGGGACAACGUGGAGAAAUUACUGUUUACUUCUGAACAAGGUUUGUGUAGCAGACGUUUCAUGGAGCUUAUCUCGUGAAUGCAAAACCAAGGAAGAACCUUUACCAGCACGGAACUCUUCAUAAAGGCGCGAAUCGCUGGUAUUCCCGGGUCUGCGUUUAAGGCCCAAUCAGCGGAUUACUGGAGAUCCUUUAGCCCGCUCGACAGUGUUGAUCUCCGGCGCGGUUGAACGCGGACUGCCGCUCGGAUCAGGACAGGAACAUGUCUCAUACCGGGCCGCCUCCUCGAUGGAGGAAUUGCCCUAGAAGAGGUCAACCCGUGGCUGGUAAAUUUUUGCCCAUGAAGACCAUGCUUGGACCACAGUAUGAUGAUAAAGUCCCCGAGGAGAACAGGUUUCAUCCUAGUAUGCUAUCGAACUAUCUCAAGAGCUUAAAGGUUAAGAUGGGUUUGCUGGUGGACCUAACCAACACAAGCCGCUUUUAUGAUCGGGCGGAGAUAGAAAAAGAAGGAAUCAAAUACGUGAAGCUGUCCUGCAAAGGUCAUGGUGAAUGCCCCACGGUGGAGACCACACAGAUGUUCAUCAGAUUGUGUGAGCACUUCAAUGAGAAGACACCUAUGGAGCUUAUUGGCGUUCACUGCACGCACGGCUUCAACCGCACAGGCUUUUUAAUAUGUGCCUACCUGGUGGAGAAAAUGGACUGGAGCAUCGAGGCGGCGGUGGCGGCGUUCACUCAAGCUCGGCCCCCGGGCAUCUAUAAAGGAGACUAUCUUAAAGAGCUCUUUCGUCGCUAUGGUGAUGUGGAGGAUACCCCACCCGCCCCCUCCCUCCCCGAAUGGUGCUUUGAUGAUGACGAAGAGGAGGAGGUGGAUGAUGAUGGGAACAACAUCGCUCCGGGCUCUGAACCCAGCUCCUCUCAUUCCAGUCAGGCCAAAAAGAAGAAAGAACGACUCAAACUGGGCGCUGUGUUUCUCGAGGGGGUGUCUGUCAAAGGAGUCACUCAAGUAACGACGCAGCCCAAGCUCGGUGAGGUACAGCGGAAAUGUCAGGAGUUUUCCGAGUGGGACAGAUCUGGGUUUCCUGGUGCUCAGCCCGUAUCGAUGGACCGCAAGAACAUUCGCCUGUUAGAGCAGAACGUGUACAAGGUCAGCUGGAAGGCAGACGGCACACGGUACAUGAUGUUAAUAGAUGGAAAGAAUGAAGUGUAUAUGAUUGACAGAGACAACUCUGUCUUUCACAUAUCCAACCUGGAGUUUCCCUUCCGGAAAGAUCUACGCAUUCACCUUUCUAACACACUUUUGGAUGGGGAGAUGAUUGUAGACAAAGUGAACGGUCACCCCGUCCCACGCUAUCUCAUCUAUGACAUCAUAAAGUUUAGUGGCCAGCCUGUGGGUCAGUGUGAUUUUAACAGACGUCUGCUGUGUAUUGAGAAGGAGAUCAUCAGUCCUCGCUUCGAGAAGAUGAAAAUGGGCCAGAUCGACAAAGCCAAGGAGCCUUUCAGCGUCAGAAAUAAGCCGUUCUUUGACAUUCAUGCUGCACGCAAGCUUCUUGAAGGCAGUUUCACUGCUCAGGUCAGCCAUGAAGUUGAUGGUCUUAUCUUCCAACCUAUAGGGAAAUAUAAGCCGGGCAGAUGUGAUGAUAUUCUGAAGUGGAAGCCGCCCAGCCACAACUCGGUCGACUUCAGACUCAAGAUCACCAAAGUUGGCGGGGAGGGACUGAUCCCUCAGCUGGUGGGCCUUUUGUACGUGGGCAGCUAUGACAGACCGUUUGCACAAAUGAAGGCGACAAAGGACCUGAAACAGUAUGACAAUAAAAUCAUCGAGUGCACGUUUGUUAAUAACAGCUGGAUGUUCAUGAGACAGAGAGUUGACAAAAGCUUCCCCAACUCAUACGAUACAGCCAUGGCCGUGUGCAACAGCAUCCAACAUCCCGUCACAAAGGAAAUCCUCUUUGAAUUUCUGGACCGCAUCGCCCAGGCGCAGUCGCGCAAGCACCCUGCCGACUCUGAGCUCAUGCCUCCGCCGGCAGCAAAGAGACCGAAUCAGACCGUACCAUAGACACACACGGCAGAAGAGAAGUGCUCGGUAUUUUUUUAUUGCAGAUAUAUUCGGCAGCUCUGGUGGUGGACGCCGCGAGAGAUGUUUUGCUUUUCAGCCUCACUUUGGCUACGGUUCUCGAUGAUGUCAAUAAGUGAAACUAUUUAAAAAACAUUGUUUGGAGUUUCAACAUUGAAUGUUGGGAUGCGUUCUUAUUUAAGGAAAAUAAAAAUAAAAAAGGAUUUGAACGUAUUUGUUUUCUUUUUUUACAUUCUGUAUUAUCUUGCCGCUAUUUGUUUUUAUGUUCAUACUGAAGCGACUGUGUAGAAUAAGACCCGACAAAACUCAACAGUUUCCCAUAACUUUUCUUUAGAAACUUCUGCAUCUCCAGCAUUGAUCACAGCUGAAAACUGGAAUCCACUGAGUUUACAGAUAACACAUAAACUGAUGUCCUGUGACUACUUUUGUAUUUUAUUUUAUUUGAAUGUUUGAUAAAAUGUUGCCCCAGCA